AUGGGGCUGAGGACAAGUCGGUCUCCGGUUCCACUGCGGGUAAAUGAAAACUCCCCGAGACAAAAGGCCUCGGCCCGAGCGCGCGACCCGCCUGGUGCUCAGCUGGAAAUCACAGAGCCGCCGCGUGACCCUAAUCUGCGUAAUUACAUUAAGGGCGCUAAACCGCGCUGCUCACGGCACGCGCCAAGCAAACAGAGGGAGAGCAGCAGCAGCAGGAACAGUGUUACUGAGGCCAGAGAAGACAUGAUUCAGCAACACUUCAGACAUGACCUUCGCAUCAAAUCCGAAACUGCGCAACAAGAGGAAAUGUUAACCACCCAUGAUGAAAAUGCCAUGUUGCAUUUGACUGGUCAGAGCAUCAAACGGGCAACUAAAAACAGGCUCAACUCGAAUACACCUGGCCUCCAUAUGUCAGGCACACAUGGACAAGAGUCACAGGGUCAGCUUAUGGCAUCCUCACCGACCCAGGAGGGCAUGGCACAGCUGGGCUCACUAGUGCUUAAGCCUCCCAGGCAUGACUUGGAGAGGCUGCCUGAGGACCAGCCCCCAAUGCGGCCCCUCAAGCUCACCCCUCUGGACCUCCCAGAGGAGGUAAGAGAGGCGCAGAGGAAAAAACUUCACGUGAUCCAACAAGACGCCAAACUUGCCAACUGUAAGUUCGACAUGAUGGUGAAGGGGAACAUCACGAGGAAGCCAAAACCGAUUAUGAAGCAGAAGAUUGUGAAAGCAGUCGUGGGUCCUUCUGCUUCAACCAUGCCAGUGGUGAUUCAAGCACAACAGAAAUCCCAUAGACCACAACUGACACGCUCUAACCCCGUGGAGAAGAACGGAGAGAGGCAAUUGCGAGACAUCACACGUCAAGGGAUGCCAGUGUCCCUCCUCGGUAAGCCUGCCCCUCCUUUACCUGCCGCCAGAAUCAAGGAUCAGGCCGCAUGCAACGGCGAGGUGUCAUGCAAGAACCCAAGUACCCUGCAGUUCGAGGUAGAGAGAAGGCGACCGAGGCUGAGGAGAGAGCAAUGCCUCGAAGAGGAUCAGUGCCAAGCCAACACGUCAACCGGGGGAUUAUGCACAGAUGGAGGCAAGCUUGCCCAAGGUGUCCGAGGCAAAGGACAGCAGGCGGAGUGGGCUUGUAGAGGCCAACCACAUGCUGGAGAGAACAUCAAAGAGCCCUGCACUCCCGCAACGUCACGCGAACAGGGAAGCGCCAAGAAGGGCCACCGAGAGGGAGGCGGGAAACAAUCCGCAAGAUACAUCUUGAAUAGACAGUCGGAUGUAGGGGGAAACAGGGAAGCAAUUCCCGAAAGCUGGAAGGCAAAGAGGAAAAUUCCCUUGAUCAUGAAGCAGAACAAUGCCUUCCCUGUGGAGGUUCUAUGGUGGAAGCAGAUUCAGGAAAAGCAAAAUGUCAAACGUCACUAUCCCAACCUACAGACCAACAGCUUCAGGUUACCAUCAUCCUACUAA